CUUUUCUCUCCUUCCCCCCUCACAGGUGAAAAUCAUCACUCCCCAAUCAGUCACCAAUCAUCAAUCAGAAGACACACCUCCUCCUGUUUCCUACCCAAUCACUGUUCCUUUCCCUUUGUUUAAAAACCCUAUCAGUUGUUUGCUGAAGAGCUCAAUCUUGCUGUAAAUGCCAUGUCUGUAGGAAUUGCUGUUUCACUUUCUCUUUGUGUAUUGACCUCUCUUUUGUUUGAGCACCUCCAUAGCACUUUGUCAUCACCUCACUAGCCUAUGGCAGAACUGUGGUCAGCUAUCUCUGCUGCUUUGCCUGUGACGGAGGCAGAAUUUCCACUUGACUUCAGUGAAAAAGUUGAGCCCAGUGUGGUGGAUGUGCUGAAACGUUGCAGGCAGCAGCUGUACACCGGGAGCGGUCAAUGGAGGCAAAACGCUCAGAUCAUCUUGGACUUUUCCUGGGAGAAGCUCAACACAGGAACAUGGCGUGAUGUGGACAAGGAGUGGAGGUGUUUGUAUUCAUAUGGCUGCCUGUUCAAAGUAGCUGCCCUAUGCCGUGAUGAUGCCUCAUCAGCUACAGUGCAGGAGGCCAUACGGACAUGUGACUUGGGCCUGCUCAUGGGAGCAGCCAUCAUGGACAAUAUUUUACAAACCUUUGUAAGGAUCCUGCAAAAUGAAAUCGGGAAGAGGCACUCCAAUGAAGAGAAUCCCAGUGAAGGAGUUAGUGCCAAGAAAAUGAAGGUUGACUGUGUGUCAGUGCCCGUUGUCAAGCAGGCUCUGGCAGUACCAAGGAUACACUGUCCAUCAUUAGAGAGUUUCAAGAAAGAUUACUUGGAUCCCCAAAAGCCAGUCAUAUUAGAGGGUAUCAUAGAUCACUGGCCAGCCUUCGAAAAUCACCCUUGGAGCAUAGAAUACCUGCAAACUGUUGCUGGUUGUCGGACUGUACCUGUUGAAGUAGGCUCAAGAUAUACUGAUGAGGAAUGGUCACAGACGCUGCUUACGGUCAAUGAAUUCAUCGAUCGCUAUAUUGUUGUGAAAGACGCAUCAAGUUUGGGAUAUCUUGCUCAGCACCAGCUAUUUGAUCAGGUCCCUGAGCUUAAAGACGACAUCCGUAUCCCUGACUACUGUUGUCUUGGUGAGGGAGAUGAAGAUGACAUCACAAUCAACGCUUGGUUUGGGCCAGGAGGUACAGUGUCCCCCCUGCAUCAAGAUCCUCAACAGAACUUCCUGGCUCAGGUGGUUGGGAGAAAGUACAUUAGUCUGUAUUCCCCUGAGGACACCGAGAAACUCUACCCUCACCAAUUGCAGCUCCUACACAACACGAGUCAGGUGGAGGUGGAAAGUCCAGACGUAGUGCGAUUCCCAGAGUUUGUGAAGGCUCCCUACCUAGAGUGUGUGUUGCAGCCUGGGGAGGUCUUGUUCAUCCCAGUCAAGCACUGGCAUUACGUGCGUUCUUUGGAGCUCAGCUUUUCUGUGAGCUUCUGGUGGUCAUGACCCACGAUGAGGGAUCCAGAUUCAGGUUGUUUUUAGUCCGAAUUUUGAUUAUUGAAGUGGUCUUGUAAAAUGCAAGUCCUGUGCUCACAUAUGUUGUGACUUAUGUCUGAAUGUUAUUUUCUUAAACAAUCAUUAACAUGUCUGUCCUUUCAUUGCUUCAGCCCUCUCAGCCUCAUCCACCAAAUGGCUUUAAAAACACCUUAUUCUAUAAACAAAUUCAUGGUUAAAUGACAAUGGUAAUUCAAAAAGGAAUAAGGUUGGAAACAAGUCUCAAUUUACAUAGUUCACAACUUACAACGGUGAUUCAUGUUGAAGAAUUAUGGAAACUUUGCUGAACUCAAUUAACUUGAGUAGAGGAAAAUAGCCUAUCACUAUGGCUAUUUUACAUACUUAAAAGUGUCCCACAACAUAUCCAUGACAAAGGAAAGACAGUUGUGUUCAAUCUAUCAACACUUGAAUGUGAUUAUGGCACACAUUGAAUUCCAAGCUGCCUGCAUGAUUGGCACUUGCUUCUACUCAUUCCUAAAUUAAACGAAGGAGCAGUUAGUGUAUGCUCAUUUCCUACUGCAUAUAAAAUAUGGAGUUGUUACCCAUUUAAUUUAAUAGGGUAUGCUUUUUCAAAUUAGCAUGUAAUUGUUCCCAAAUUAGUCCUGCAGAUACUCAAAGAUGAGGGAAUGUCCAUAAUUUAUUCAAAUAAGGCAGUACUAUUCUAAUUUAACAACCUAAUGAACCACAGGCACAAAUUAUGGACAAACAGCUUUCCAUUUAAACUGCCUGAAAGAAUGAUUGAAGUAGUUGCCACAUUUCCCAGAAUUGCUCCCCUAGAAAGUAACUUAAUAAAAUUGAGAUAAUCAAGUUAAGAGUGGAGCUCACGGAAGACCAUUGACGAUUCAAUGAAAGUUAUUUGAGGGUGUGAGAUUCCAUUGGACCCCACAUAAUGUUGUUGACCAAUAAUUGCUAGUGCUUGGGCACACACAUCGACAAGCCAAUUUGCCUCUUUGCAUUAUAAGCUGACAUUAGCUCACAGAUGAAAGUGGUUAGCUACACUGAACAAAAAUAUAAACGCAACAUGCAAAGUGUUGGUCCCAUGUUUCAUGAGCUGAAAUUAAAUUUCCCAGAAAUGUUCCAUACGCACAAAGUUUAUUUCUCUCAAAUGUUGUGCCGAAACUUGUUUACAUCCCUGUUAGUGAGCAUUUCUCCUUUGCCAAGACAAUCCAACUGACAAGUGUGACAUAUCAAGAAGCGGAUUAAAAAGCAUGAUCAUUACACAGGUGCACCUUGUGCUGGGGACAAUAAUAUACCGUUCUAAAAUAUGUCGUUUGUCACAACACAAUGCCACAGAUGUCUCAAGUUCUGAGGGAGUGUGCAAUUGGGAUCCUGACUGCCAGAAUAUCCAUCUGAGCUUUUGCCAGAGAAUGUAAAUGUUAAUUUAUGUACCAUAAGACACUUCCAAUGUCGUUUUAGAGAACUUGGCAGUGCAUCCAAACGGCCUGACAACUGCGGACCCCGUGUAUGGCAUCGUGUGGGCGUGCUGUCAACGUUGAGAACAGAGUGCUCCACGGUGGGUUAUGGUAUGCGCAGGCAUAAGCUACUGACAAACACAAUUGCAUUUUAUCGAUGGCAAUUUGAAUGCACAGAGAUACAGUGAUGAGGACCAUUGCCGUGCCAAUCAUCCAUUGCCUAAUGUUUCAGCAUGAUAAUGCACGGCCCCAUGUCGCAAGGAUCUGUACACAGUUCCUGGAAGCUGGAAAUGUCCCAGUUCUUCCAUGGGCUGCAUACUCACCAGAUAUGUCACCUGUUGAGCUUGUUUUGGACGCUCUGCAUCAACAUCUACAACAGUGUGUUCCAGUUCCCACCAAUAUCCAACAACUUCUCACAGCCAUUGAAGAGUGGGACAACAUUCCACAGGCCACAAUCAAUUGUUUAGUUUUUGAUUUCAACAUCCAUUAUUUCACCCAUCCUUGAAAAUAUGUUUACAUUCUCUACUUUAUUUUUCAUGUUCAUGAUUUAUUUAAUUUUGAAUUGAAUACAUAUGGUGUGAAAUUGACCCCAUAGUUUGGUGACAUUUUCAUCUGAUUGUCAAACAAAUCACUUCAAAAAGCACCCUACCUGCACAGUUCCAUCCACCAUAAUAAUUAAUUUAGCUGACACAUUGAAAUACUGUCUGCUUGCAUAACAAUGUAAAAUAUAUCACAUUACACAUGCAUUGCUAUUUUCUCACGAGAUGCUUCAAUAAAUAAAUAAUUUCUCCACACCUG